AUGGGAAAUCAAGAAUCUCGUUCCAACCACGACGCCCGAGCUCCUAACGAUGAAAAUCCAGAUUAUUACACCCUACUUGGCGUGGAGGAGACUGCCACGUCUGAUGAAAUCAGGAGAGCAUUCCGCAGACUUGCCCUGACCCAUCAUCCUGACAAGAACCCCAAUGAUAUUGAAGGAGCGACGCAACGUUUCGCGGUGCUCCAACAAGCCUACGAGGUGCUCAGCGACGAACAAGAACGAACUUGGUACGACAACCACAGGGCUAACUUAGCACCAGAACCUGACGCUGACGAGGUAUUCGACGACAUCAAGCGGGGCACAUCAAAGAAGGCGCGGGCCAAUGCGCCCGGUCUGACUACGCGGCACAUAAUGAAAUUUUUCGAUUCUACCCUCUACAAAGGAUUUGACGAUAGACCCGAUGGAUUCUUUACUAUCUAUCGAAACCUCUUUAUCCGACUCGCCGAAGAAGAAGAGACGCACUCCCAAUCCUUGGCGCCGCUCGAAUAUCCCCUCUUUGGCAACUCCACCACCCCUUGGAACGCGAAGUCCGACGAAGACACUGUGCGCGCCUUCUAUGCCGUCUGGACGAACUUCGGCACCGAGAAGUCUUUUUCGUGGGUUGAGCAUUAUGAUACGAGGGAAGCGCCCGACCGGAGGUAUAGGAGAGCGAUGGAGAAGGAAAAUAAGAAACUCAGGGAUGAUGCAAGGAAGGAUUACAACGACGCUGUCCGGUCUUUGGCGCUCUUCCUGCGAAAGCGCGAUCCGAGAUACAAAGCUUAUCUCGCAUCUCAAGUCAUAGCGGCUACGACACCCUCCAAUGCCGCAACAGCCGACGCCGCGGCCAAACGUGCCGAUGCGCUCCGAGAUUACAUUCCUCAAGCAUGGCAGGAAGUCCAACCUGAGCAGGUCCUCGAAGCCGAGGAUUGGGAGGAGGAAGAGGAAGGCUGGGAGUGUGUUGCGUGUGGGAAGAACUUUAGGAGUGAAAAGGCGUGGGAAAGCCAUGAGCGGAGUAGGAAGCACCUGGAGAAUGUCGAGAAGCUAAGGAAAGAGUUGAUGAGGGAGCAGGAAGAGCUCGGUUUCGAUGUAGAUGGAUUGGACACUGAAGAGACUUCCAAAGAUGACUGGCCGGAUUAUGGUGGGGAGAACGUUGAGACGAUGCCGGGUGGGGGAGUCAAGGCUGUACACGUGGAUAUUGGGGGGGUGGCAUCGAAAGUCGAUGAGCUCACGCUUCGAGAUCAACCGUCCAAGCGAGAAUUACCAGCCGAGGGAGGGUAUGAAGUGAAGGAGAAACGGGAAGGGGAAAAGGAAGAAGUUGCGCCGACACCAAAUAAAAGGGUCAAGAAGACAAAGAAAUCUCGUUUGGGCGAUUGGCUCGACGAGGCCGAAGGUAGUGAGACGGCAUCGAUUCAAGACGACAAUUCCAACGCUGGUACAGCUCUGAACGACAAUGAAGCCACAACGCAUGAGGCAGUGGACAGCCAAAUAUCAAUUUCUUCUAAGGUGGAAAUGUCGAAGAAGGAUAGACGACGGGCGAGGGAGGCGGCAAAGAAACAUAAAGCUGAUACGGCCGGCUCAAGUGCACAGAAAUGCAAUGUGUGUGGGGAGGAAUUUGAUAGUCGCACGAGGCUGUUCACCCAUGUACGGGAGUCGGGGCACGCAGCUGCUGAACUAGAUAAGAGCAAGGGCGGGAAGGCAAAGAAGGUGAAGCGAUAA